AUGGUCAACGCCCUCGACAUACUUUCGUACCUCCCUCGAUUCCUCCGUGAACGCAUCACGCCCAAAAUGCCCAUUCCCGACGUGAAGAAUGACCCGUCCAAGGUCCAGCUAGCCCGCCUGGGCCACGUCUACUUUGAGCACCCGGACCUCAACAAGUUCGCCAGGUUCGCCAAGGACUUUGGUUUCGUCGAGGAGAAGAGGGACGGGAAUGCCAUCUAUUUCCGCGGCUACGGCAGAGAUCCGUACAUCUAUGUCGCGACCAAGUCCAAGACCGGCAAGCCCAAGUUCAUGGGCCCGGCCUUUGUCGCCAGGGACCAGAAGGAGUUUGACAAGGCCGCAAAACUGCCUGGCGCGACGGUGAAAAGUCUCGACAGGGCGCCUGGUGGCGGCCAGAUGGUCACCAUCGCGCGCCCGAAUGGCACGUUCAUGCACGUCGUCUACGGCCAGCAGGAGCGAGACGUUGAAGAGAACAAGGGCGAACCCACGGCCACGCACGACUCGCAGGGACCCUUCAACACGCCCUUUGAAAAGAGACGGCUCGGGCAAUUCCAACGGUACCACGAAGGGCCAGCCCUGAUCCACAAGCUGGGCCACUUCGGCUACGUGUGCAAGGAGUUCGACGAGGAGCUGGACUUUUACACGUCCAACUUCAACCUCGUGCACUCGGACAUCCUGUGGCACCCGCAGUUCUCCAACAUCGACGUGCUGACCUUCAUGCACCUCGACCUGGGCCAAGAGUGGAGCGACCACCACAUCAUGUUCCUGCAGCGCGCUCCGCCCGAGGUCAAGGAGACGUACGUCCACCACAGCUCGUACGAGGUGGCCGACUUCGACACCCAGCUGCUCGGCCACGAGUGGCUGGCCAAGAACAAGUGGAAGAGCGUCUGGGGCGUCGGCCGCCACAUCCUGGGCAGCCAGAUCUUCGACUACUGGCAGGACAGCAGCGGGUUCAAGAUCGAGCACUACGCCGACGGCGACGUCGUGAACCAAGACUCGCCCACCAGGAGGGAAGUGGCUGGCCCGAUCUCCGUCUGGGGCCCAGAGUUACCCAAGGACUUUGGGGCAGAUGGCACGAAGCUGCUGGUGCCUUCUUGA